AUGGAACGGUUGAUGUUUCCACAGCUUGCAGAACAGGGCUGGUCUUCAGCUUCGCAGCUUGUUCCAACCAGUGCGAUUGUCAAGGCGCAGGAAGCUGUACAAGAGUGUCUUGCACAGGGAAGGUUCCGACGCCCGCCUGCUGAAGUCCUGGAUGGGCUCCUGGGAACAGUUGGGUCUUCGCAGAUUGCCGAGAUCCAGGCAGCAGAGGAGCCAGCGGGCUUUGAUCAAGCGGAUCGUGUGCUGACGCAAGCUGCUGGUCGGGUGCCUCGAGUUGGAUCCCUCCAGGGCCGAACACAUGCUGUCGUUCACCAGGUGCGCCAGGAGCCAGGAUCAGAAGGUUCAGUAGCAUACGUGGGACAGACACCAACGCAGCUCAUUCGAUUUUGCUCUCGGGCUAGGCGGCUGGGCCUAGCAUCGUCGGUGAAGGAUGAUUCCCACAAUGCUUCCGAACAUACUAGUCAUGACUGUCAUGACGAGGGUCAGCAUCAGAGCGAUGUGGACGAUCAGGAUGGUUCUAAUUCAUGGUAUGAGACGACGUGGAUGAUAAGCUUCACAACGGACGACGACGAUGACGAUAUGACAAGUGAAAGGACUGGAGCGAUGGCAAUGAUGGGAGUGACGGUCCUUUUGUCACUCUGGCUUCUAAUGCUGAUGAAGAAGAAGAUGAGGACGACAACAAGAAUGACAAUGUUUAUAAUCACGAAUGUGAUGUUGAUGACGUUCUAUAUUACAACUUUGAUUGAGAUAAUGAGGGUGACACGAAACAUCAUUCUACAGCUGCUGCUGCCGCUGCUGCUGUUGCUGCUGCUGCUAGGGUUGUCAGGACUUUGUCAUCUUUAA